AUGUCUCAUGUCGCCGAGAGACUCGGGAAGCUCUUUGGUCAACAGGAACAUCCUCGUGUGUUUCUCCUCAGGUCAGCGAUUAAGCUCCUUGAAAUUCAAGUUGAAGCUGUACCAGUCCUUGACCUCCGAACUGCUCGCGACCAUCGGCAGGACUUCGAUGGCGUCCGCUAA